CGUGAUUGUUUAUAACCUCAACAUUUUUAGUCACCAGUGUGCCUAUUGUAGCGGGUCCUUUUAUGAUCUGUGCGCCAGUACGUUUUAAGUUCAUCCACAUUUAUUUCAUCGAACUCAUCAUCGUUUAAAUUAACAAUAUGGCUAACAUUACAGAACAAGAAAUUUUUAUAGAAUGUAUAACAAAACAACUUGAAGAAGUGGAUCUUUUAUCAUCGAUUUACUGUUCUCCAGGAGAAAUGAAAAUAUUAGAUCCCAGUGUUAUUAGCGAUUUUAAUGACUUUCUAAAAAAUCCGAGAGAAUCAAUAAUGGCACUAAGAUCGAAUUUAGAUUACAUAAUCAAUGUUGCUGUUGUUUUAGAUAAUAAUAAGGAAGAGAAAGUAGAAAUACGCAUAGAACUUCCGCAUCUCUAUCCAAAGUUAGAAAAUGCAAUAGUUAUAGUACAUUCAACAUUACUAAGCAAAACAAAAGAAAAAUAUUUAAAAGUAAAAGUGGAGAAAUUCAUCGAUCAGCAAGAAAAAAAUGAUACUUAUAUAUAUCAAGUAAUUACUUGGAUACAGGAAGAAAUGAGCAGUUUAAUAAAAGAAGAUCCAAGGGAUCUAACAAUUGAUGAUUCUACAAAAAUUGAAGAACAAGUUGUAGAUUUUGAGCGUUUAUGGAUAUAUUCACAUCAUAUCAAGUCUAAGACUAAACGUCAAGAAAUAGUGAAACAAGCACGAAUUUACAACUUAAGUGGUUUCAGCCGGCCUGGUAAACCCGGGAUUAUAUGUGUAGAGGGCUUAUGUGAAAAUACACAAGAAUUUUGGCGUAUAAUUAAGUCCAUGCGUUGGCAAAAGAUAAAUAUAUGUAAAGAGGAACGAUCUCGUAAAGCUAUAAAUAAAAUAGAUGAAAUGCGUCGAUUUGAUGGUUUUAAAGAACAAUUAUUUUGCGAUGAUACAGAAAACGAAGAUGCUGUAAUGAAUAUGGGCUUAUUUGUAAAGUUUCUGGAAAUGCAUAAUUCAGGUUAUAUGAAAAAAGAACUAUUUGGUAUUUAAAGCAAAACAUUUUGAUGUAUUUUAUUUAAUUUAUUGUUUGUGCAACGUAAAUUUAAAAACAAAAGCAAU